CGGAUUACCUUGUGACCACUUAGCUUUGCCUAACUCCUCUGAUUCUGAUUGUGUUUUUCUGUGUAUGGACUAUUAGACUCUCUGACCGCUCGUUUGUGGAUCCCUCAGCUGUUGCUCAGUAAUGGUCCAACGUGUAGCAGUGGUUGGGGCAGGCAGUUCUGGUCUGGUCUGUAUCAAGAUCUGUGUCGAUGAGGGUCUGGAUCCUGUCUGCUUUGAAAGCAGUGAUGAUAUUGGUGGCCUGUGGAGAUUUAAGGAGUCACCGGAGCCAGAGCGAUCCAGCAUCUAUCGCUCCUUGGUGGUCAACACCUCCAAAGAGAUGAUGUGUUUCAGUGACUUCCCCAUGCCUGCUAACUAUCCAAACUACAUGCACAACUCUCAGCUCCUGCAGUACCUCAGGCUUUAUGCAAAUCACUUUGACCUGCUCAGAUUCAUUAACUUCCAGACCACAGUGAGGAGUGUUGUCCAAAGACCAGAUUUCUCUCUGUCUGGUCAGUGGGACUUGGUGACUGUAAACAGGGAUGGAGAGGAAGAGAGACAUGUGUUUGAUGCAGUUCUGGUGUGUUCAGGCCAAUACAACCAUCCGGUCUUACCCCUAUCGGACUUUCCAGGCUAUGAGACGUUUUCUGGCAAGUUUUACCACAGCUGGGAAUAUAAAGAUGGAGAUGCCUGCAGAGGAAAGAGAGUAGUGGUGGUUGGCAUUGGCAAUUCUGCAGGAGAUAUUGCUGUGGAGAUUAGUAGAUCUGCAGAGAAGACCUUCCUCAGCACACGUGAUGGGGCCUGGGUGAUGGGCAGGAUGUCCAGUAAUGGUCUUCCUCUGGACAUGCUGGGUAUGACCAGGUUCAAUGAGCUCCUCAUGCAGCUCUAUCCCAAGACUCUGAUCAACUGGGCAGGCGAGACGGCACUGAACCAGAAAUAUGACCACAGACUGUAUGGCCUAAAGCCCAGAUACAGGUGA